GCUUUGAAAGCAGAUAAGACACUGUGGAAAGUAGAAUGUCAGAAGAUAUUGAAGGAAUUGAAAAAGAAAUAGAAAUUGAAUUAAGCAGAAUCAGUGUUUCUUCCUUUGAAGCAGAUGAUCUUGACACAGAAGUAUCAGACGAAGCUUUGAGUGACAGUGACACAAUUUCAGAUGACUUGCCAGAAUCAUUUCUCUCCUAUUUAAACUUUAUAAAGAGCAGAAAUCAAGAUGCUGAAAAGCUUAUACUGCAAGACUUAGAAGAUGAAGAAACUACAAGUAAUGUUUAUGGAGUAGUUUCUUGCCCUGCUUCAGAUAAUUUGGCAGAAUUAGCUUCUGAAUAUAAUGAAGAUCCAGAACAAUUUAAAAAAAGGGUACUAUUUGAAAUUGAAAACGAAGGCUUGCAGAUUGCUACAUCACCUAGUUAUAACAGUCAGUCCACCAGUGAUGAUGUGGUCACUGAUGACCGUUUUGUUCCAGCUGAUGUUGAAAUGAGCAUAAGCCUUACUUAUCGUGAGGUAGAAGAAAAGUGUAGACAAGAAUUUGAGCGGUGGGAGAAGAGACAAAAGGAGCUUGAAGAUGAGAAGAGGAAAAAGUGGAAAGCUGAGAGGGAAGCACAGGAAAAAAAAAAUGAAGAGGAACACGCAAGAAGAGUGCAGCGUCUGGAGGAAUUUGAGGCUGAAAGAAUAAAGUUAGAGCUUCUUCAUAAGAAACAACAAACUGUGAUGGAAGAUGAGUUACAGAAAGAAAAGAAAGCUUGGAGAGACAAAAUGAUGCAACAUAAGGAAUUGAUCAUGAAGCUACAGUUGCAAAUGGAAGAGGAAAAAAAGGCAUUGGAAGAGCAGAAAGCAAAAGAAAGACAACACCUGGCAGAACAAAGGAAUACAGCAGCUGUGAAAAUCCAAGCUAGUUUUAGAUCAUUUUUAGUCUGUAAAAAAUAUGCUCCCAUCUUAAAAGAAUGGAAAGAUGAAAUAAAAAUGAAGCAGAAAAUACUGGAGGAAAUAGAGAGAGAAAUGAAGGAAAAAGAGGAAAAAAUGAAGAGGCGAAUGGAAGAAAAGAGGCAAAAGAAAGAAGAGGAAAGAAAGAGACAAGAAGAACUUGAAAGACAGGAAUAUUUGGAACAGAUGAGGAGGCAUGAGGAAUAUGAGAAAAAGAAAGAAAGCCUGAGAGUUGAAAGAGAAAAACAACUGCAAACAAGGAGAGAAGAACAGAGAAAACUAGGAGAAAAAAGAGCAAAAGCUGUGAUGAGUGAAAGUAGAGAAAACAACAAAGAAAACAUAAAAAAGGAUAAGCAGAAGACAGAAAAUACAAAAGUAAUAAGAGAACAGGAGGAGGAAGUAAAUAAGCAAGUAGAAGAACAAAAAGAAAAACAGACUGAAAUGAUGAAUGAAACAAAUAAUUGGAUGAUUGCAGCAGAAAGAAAUUUGACACCAACACCAAAUAUGCUAGGCUCUGAGAAGAAGGAACACUCUUCUCAAGUAAAUAAGGAGAACAUCUACAUGAAUUCAAUAACACAUGUAGAAGAAAAUUACUCACAAACUAGAGAUCUUAAUAAAGCUCCAAAUAGUCAUACUUCAAGUGAUGAAUCUAUUAAUUUUGGAGCUAAUGACAUGGUAGAAAAUAAGGCAAACAAUGUAUGCAGCAGUCCACUAAAUGUCCAGCCAAAUGCAAGUAACAGAAUAGUCAAAGAUCAAUUUUCUCCAUCUGAAACAAUGAAGAAAACUGUGUUACUAGUGGAAGAUGCUAAUAAGGAAGUCAGAGAGACCUGGGACAGAAUUCAGGAUGUACCUGAGUGUUCCAGUAGACUAGUUCUUCCUGAUGAUAUUGAAAAAAAGAGAAUAAACUGGAUGAACACAUGUAAAUCUUGGUCUAAAAUAUAUGAAGAAAACCAAAGAAAGCAAGCAACUGUAAAAAAACGACCAAGGAAAAGUUCAGUUAGCAAGAUGCCUCCAUUAAGUACACAAAAGAUAAUUCAUAGUGGCCCUUGGAGUACUCUGCAGCAGGUUACAACACUUAAACUAGAAGAUUUGCCAGCUUGUAGCCUUUCAACAUUAUCCGAGUGUUCAAAUCUUCAAGUUUUGACUCUGAGACGCUGUGGACUAGUUGCACUGGAAGGACUAAGUAGCUGCAAAGACCUAAAGUAUAUCAAUGUAGAGGAAAACAAGAUUGAGAUAAUUGACCUUGAAAAUCUAGAAAAUCUCUGUAUUCUGAUUCUGAAUAAGAACCAUCUUUCAUCAGUUUGUGGCUUAGAUGGCUGCAUAAAUCUCCAAAAUCUUGAACUUUCCUACAAUAGAAUCACUCGAAUUGGUGGUCUGGAGUCACUGAAAAAUCUUCAGCAAUUAAUUGUGGACCAUAAUCAGUUAAUCAGCACAAAAGGUCUUUCUGAGGCACCUACUCUCAUUCACCUAGACUGCUCUUUUAAUCAUCUCACACAAGUUGAAGGCAUUGAGAAUUGUGGCCUCCUUCAGAGUCUGAAGUUGCAAGGCAAUAACCUCCAGGAGCUUCCAAGACUGGAAAAUCAUGUUCUCCUAAAAGAACUAUAUUUGGAUGACAAUAGCAUUUCUACUGUGAGAAUGCUCUCUUUGUAUUGGUUGCCUCUGUUGCAAAUUCUUUUGCUGUCUCAAAAUAGAUUAACUGAGCUUGUGCCUUUAAAUUCAUUUGUAUCUUUGGAAAAGCUGGAUAUCAAAAAUAACUGCUUGUCAGACCUUAAAGGUGUCCUUACAUGGUUAAGUGGCUGUCAUGAACUAAGGGAGUUGUCACUCAGUGGAAAUCCUCUUCUCCAAGAAAGGAAUUGGAGGCCUUCCUUGUGUAAGGUCCUUCCUAGUUUACAGUUUCUUGAUGGUGAAAUCUUAAACUGUCAUACCUUACCCGCAACUGAAAGAAUCAAAGGAUCAGAAUCAAGAACUUUUCUGGAGCUUUGUCAAGUUCAAAUUGAAGAAAACGUUCUACUGAAAAAAAAGGCUGCUGAACUGGGAAUUGCAUCUUCUAUUGAUUCUGCACACAGACAAUGCUGGUAUUUGAAUCAGUUGAUGAAACUUAGUAUUAAACAUCGAUAUGCACAUGAGUACAGUGAACUAAACAUUACUGACAGAGAUGGACCAGAAGCACUGCAAAAUCAUUUAAAGCAAACAUCCAUUGGCUGCCUACAGGAAAAUAACCUCUUUAUCAUGGGUGGGACAGAAAAUGAACAGGUCUUGUUGGAUCCUUCCGAAAGAUGGAUUACUACUGGCCAUGUUCAGGCCACAUUCAUUAACUCCUCCAUACCUGUGCACCAAAAGGAAAAUAAAGAUCAGAGAGUGAAGCAGAAGAGCACUGAAUCUUGUAUUAAUUACAGUGGGGAGAGCAAAGGUAACAAUAACACAUCAGCCCAACUCACGUUGCAACAGUCAGUGAUACUAGCAAGUAAUAUGGGAAGAGAUCUUCAGCAUUUUGGGAAUGAUACAGAAAGGCUACAUAUGGCAGCAUCAGUGAUACAGUCCCUUUGGCGGCAGUACCGUGCCAGGAGGAAAACUGACUGCACCAAAACAGAGAAUUGUGAGUUUGUAGAAGCUUUGAGACAGAAGCAUGAAGCUGCCACACUAAUCCAGGCAUUUUGGAAGGGUUUUCUUUUGCGAAAGAAACUGGCCAGUGCUCUUGCAGCUGUUAAAAGUGAUGAAGUGGAGGAUGACUAUGAAGAAAUAAAUGUGGAUGAUUUCACAUUUUCUGAAGCUGCAUUAGAGAAGGAAUGGCUAACUCUAGAUUCCACCCGUUUCCCUUCAAAAACACUCCUGCUCUCAAACCAGCUGCUCUGGCCAAAGAAUUAUUCUAGGCCUUCAAAUUCCAGUGAACAUUCAAAUAGUUUGCCAUUGUCACCACAUGAAGUUUGGCAGUGUGUUAACAGACCACAUUCAUACUCUGCAGAAAAUAUCCACUGUCAUAGCAGGUCCGGGAAGGGAACAAUGUCACAGCUCUCUGACUGGAAGGAAAAAAAGAAAUUUUCAUUCAUGUCUGAAAAAGAAGAGAAAAUUUCAGAAGAAUGGGGUUUUAAGGAUAUUUCUACUGCACAGCUUAUGCUGAAGAGAGCCCAUAAAAUGAAGCCCAAAAAAUACAGUAAUAAAAAUUUCGACCCAGCUGUGCGCCUGGCGUUGUUCAAAAACAAUGAAAAUAAACAUCUCCAUGUGAAACCACCAAGGAAGACACAGCCUAUAAAUGCUGGUUACUUUGAAG